AUGUCCCUCCCGAAGCUCCGCAACUCGUAUGCCUUGGUGCUAGCACUAGCGGCAGCCUUUUCGUUGCAGUUCGUAUGGUUUGAAUGGAUGGUGCCCUCAAGAACCGCUAAUGCGUGUGAGUGGACCAAUGUGAACUCAACCAGUCAGACCAACGUGCUUCUCGUGGCCGAUCCCCAGCUUAUAGACAACCACACCUACCCUGGACGAAGCGCCCCCUUACUCAAGCUUCUGCAACACACAGUUGAUAAAUACGUGGCUCAGAACUACAAAGCCAUGGUGGAGUCUCUCCAGCCAGAUUAUAUCUUCUUUUUGGGUGACUAUCUCGAUAACGGCCGCCUGGCGCUGGACGCUUACUUUGAUCACGAAGUGAGGCGGUUCUGGCGGAUCUUCGAUCGCUGGCCUGCCAAGUAUGAGCAUAGAAAAAACUGGUUCACAAAUGUGCCUGGCAAUCAUGAUAUAGGCUUUGGAAAUGGCGUGAAAGAGCAUCUGCGACAGCGGUUUGAGGCUGUUUUUGGCGAGAGCAAUGUCGUGGUCGAGGCUGGCGGCGUGGACUUUGUAAUCUUGGACACGCCGCUGUAUUCUGCUGAAAAUGGGCUAAAUGAGCCUUCGAGAAAGUUUGUGGCCGGUUUAAAGGAUGCUAAUGGUGAGGUUGUGGCGAGAGAUCUCGAAGCUCUUGCGGACAGUACCUCGGUACAGAGUUCCGGAGAUUCUGCCACUUCUCAGACCACUGAGCUGGUGGAUUCUUCUCUAGCAGCAACAUUGAUGUCCCCAGACUAUCAAACGGGCGAAUCUACUUCUCACCGCCGCCCAAGAAUUCUUUUAUCGCAUGUCCCACUUUACAGAGACACAUCGAAGUUAAAGUGCGGACCACUUCGAGAAAGCUCGGUGUUCCUUCAAAAUAAGGGUUACCAGUACCAGCUGUCGCUUCUCCCGCACAUCUCUGAGGAGAUACUCGAGUCUGUACGUCCAGUAGUGGCUUUCUCAGGCGAUGAUCAUGACUACUGCGACGUCACUCACCCUCUCACCAACACGAGGGAAAUAACCGUUAAGUCAAUUAGCAUGGCCAUGGGUAUUUGGAGGCCUGCAGUGCAGCUUCUCUCCUUUGACACUUCUCAGUCCAGCAGUCCUGAUCAAUUGGCCUACGAUACCCACGUGUGCUACCUUCCAAGACCUUACCACAACAUAGUUGUGUAUGCUAUCACAGCAACGGCAAUUGCAUCUCUUUUACUAUUCCAUUCCCUCAGACUCCGUCCUUCAAGGUACAACUACUCCAUCUUGCCAACGUACGGCCAGGAGUACUCUGAACUGUCUGCCGUACUCAUGGAGAACCCCAUGUCCCGUAAAGUGUCUAAUUUCUUAAAAGAACAAGACGAAGGCACUUCAUCUUCAUCCAUUCCCUUACCCGCUUACACGUCUACUGCCACCAGACUGACUCUGGAGAAAGUGGUUGCAAAAUACAAAUACGUUAAGUUGGCAGUGCGCCGCUUCAUACGCAAAUGGAACCUCACUUUGUUCCUCCGUUUGUGUAUUCUUGAGUUUUCAUUUGUCAUGCUUGGUUACUUUGUGGUUGUGACCGCCAUCUAA